GUUUACCGAAUUAAGAGAGAAAAAGGAAGGAAGAUCCGGCCGGACCAGAGCAAACCACAUGAAGUCGACACCGUUCCUUUUGCUGCUGGUUCUCCUCUUCACUGCUGGAAAGCAACUAACUGGAGUGGAUGCAGACACGGCACUGAAGUUUUUCUUCAAAGCUACAAUACCUACGAACAAGAGCUGUUUGAAGGUUCCUUCAGCUCCUUGUCAGUGUCACGACGAAUGUUGGCAACAGUUCGGUUUUGGGUCCAUUGGACAAUGUCACUUCAAGUUGCCUAAGUCCUGCAACUGUUACUUGCCAUGUGGUGUUUGAUUAUAGACGUUAAUUACGAGCCACUUCUACGAACUAAGAAAUAAAUUAAUAAACGAUGUAGUUGGAUUCCAGUCUUCUUACUUUAUUCCAUGAC